AUGGCUCAAAAACCCCCCCAUCCAAAAACACUAUUCCAUCUUGUACCAAUCAAUCAGGUCGCCCACGAGGCCCUCCUGCACCCGGACAAUAAACGAUUCGUGUCAAGCUCUCGUGAGGGCCCGUCUGGCCUUGAAGUUGGCUAUCAUGUCUCGUCCAUCCCUCAAGGCCAUGUCAUCACUAGACUCGGACGAAAUGCUGAUCUGAUUCUCCCGCAAAGCAAACUCAGUCAUCCUAUGUCUGCAGUUCACGUCGCUUUUGAGAUCAAUCCUGCCACCCACCUUGUCAUUCUGUCUGUCCGAUCGAAACGGAUCUCAUCAGUCACAUUUGCAGUACUGGAGGACGGCGCCUCAAAUGGCCCAGGACAACCAAGUCCUGAAGAGAAGGAAGUCCUAGAAGGUAAUGCAACGGGACGACUAAUCACCGGCGAUGGUGUUAUUCUCUACAAGCAGAGUUAUCAGAUCUCCAUUGCAUUAUACGAGUUCAAGUUGUUUUGGUUAUAUGAUAACGAGGAGACAAUGAAAACCCUCACUAUUCAAGACUAUCAGACAUCAUUGCAACUGUUACAGGACGUUCGAUCGCGUGACCGUCCGACGGAAAUCGGUAACUCAGAGGUACUUUCAUGGCACAUAACUAGGCUAAAUACGGUGAAGGGUUCUCAUUUUCAAGAUAUCGCGCAUAUUCGAGAAGUGGAAGGCGAGGGAGCUUUCGGUACAGUCUACAGAGCGGUCGACGAGAUCUCAGGCCAUAGAUUUGCUAUCAAAGUGGUUAAGCUUGACAAAUUCGGCGACGUUGAUGCAGCUCGAGCCCUGCUCCAUAGGGAAAUCAAGGUCCUGGAAAGGUUAAGCCACCCGCACAUUAUCGAAUUUCUAGGCCAACGAGACUUCCACACUCCCAAUCCGGAGAUCUUUAUGCCGCUACGAGAAGGUUCUCUGACCACGUUUAUGCGGACUAUCCCGAUUCCCAACAAUGAACAGCUCUGCAUGGACGUGUUGGGACAGAUGCUCAGCGCCCUCGACUACCUGGCAAGCGAGGAUCUGGUUCAUCGGGACUUGAAGCCCGACAACAUUCUCUAUUACACCUUGCCCGACAACGGUGGCAUCCGAUUCCAGCUGGCCGACUUUGGGUUCGCCAAUCACCACUCGCUGGCCAAAUCGAUCUGUGGCACCGGCUAUUACCAGGCUCCCGAGCUCGACUCUCAGUUCAAAGAGUUUCCGCCCCACACGUCUGACUAUGGCAUUAUUCUGAGCGCACUAGAAGCCAAAGCCCCGCAAUCAUUCCUCGAGCCCAUGGGAAGGCUGCAUCCAGAUCGCUGGGGCAUCGGCGGCGCAGAUGCUUGCCUUCUACUUCGACGGCAAGGGCUUAACAGCACCCCGAUCGAAAAUUGCCCCCAUCGAACCCAACACCGAGAAGGUUCCGCAGGCAAGUCCUUCGCCAGCCGCGGGGCCAAGCAGAACCACACAGACGAGGAAUGA